GGUUAACGAAGAACCGAAACGAUUGCUGGUAGGAGAAGAAGCGGGUAGAAAGUAGAAAUAGUAGAAAGCAGAAAAAGAAAAGGGUUUUGCAAGGCAAGUGACAGAGCAAUCAUCUUCUCGAGAGCAAGCUAAAAGAAUUUGGCAAUGGACGUGAUAAAGACACAGCAGAUUCAAUCAAGACCAAUAGAGAAGGUGAUAGUGCAUCCACUGGUUCUGCUGAGCAUCGUCGACAACUACACCCGAGUUGCUAAGGAUACUCGCAAGCGAGUCAUCGGGGUCUUACUCGGUAGCUCCUUUAAGGGCACCGUCGAUGUCACGAACAGCUAUGCAGUGCCCUUUGAAGAAGAUGACAAGGAUCCAAGUAUAUGGUUUCUUGACCAUAACUACCAUGAAUCUAUGUUUUCAAUGUUCAAAAGGAUAAAUGCCAAGGAGCAUGUUGUAGGUUGGUAUAGUACAGGCCCCAAGCUGCGGGAGAAUGAUCUAGAUAUUCACCAGUUGUUCCACAACUAUGUCCAAAAUCCCGUCUUGGUCAUUAUUGAUGUUCAGCCUAAGGAGUUGGGAAUACCCACAAAGGCGUACUAUGAUGUUGAAGAGGUUAAAGAGAAUGCCACUCAAAAGAGCCAGAAGGUUUUUGUUCAUGUGCCUUCAGAAAUUGCUGCUCACGAAGUUGAGGAAAUUGGUGUUGAGCACUUGCUACGGGAUGUGAAGGAUACGACUAUCAGCACACUUGCAACCGAGGUUACUGGAAAACUUACAGCCUUGAAGGGCUUGGAUGCACGAUUACGAGAAAUACGCGGUUACCUUGAUCUUGUCAUUGAUGGAAAGCUUCCAUUAAAUCAUGAGAUACUUUACCAUUUACAGGAUGUGUUCAACCUACUGCCAAAUCUUAAUGUGACCGAGCUGAUCAAGGCUUUUGCCGUCAAGACAAAUGAUAUGAUGUUGGUUAUAUAUCUCUCGUCACUCAUCCGAAGUGUCAUUGCACUCCACAACUUAAUUAAUAACAAGAUGCUCAACAAAGAACAUGAGAAAGCUGAGGAUGCAAAACCCGCAACGGUUCCAACUGCCAAUGGAAGCUGAAAAUCUAUUAUUCAGGCAUUAACAGAGCUCAAACUGCUAGGGCAUAGAGUGUAAUAGUUUUUGUUGGGUGACAUUUAGGCAAUUUUGUGUUCUUAAUACUGGAAUCAAAACUGACAAGGCGCCUACCGAUCUUGAUUUGUUAUAUGACAGUAAAAUACAUUUUGCUCGGUAUUAUUGCAAACCAUUUAAAAUUAGAAUCCAUUCUCAAUGAUGCGCUUA